AUGAGCACUGGCUACGGGGGGCUGCCCGCAGGAGCGACGGCGGGGCGGCUCAUCAGGCGGAGCGAGGGCGGGCUGGAGGACGCGAAGGGCCUGCACAAACGCAAGUUCGGUCUGGACCUGGGCGAGGGCAAGAACCUCUGCGAGGACAGACGGCUGGAGGCCCGUCGGUUCAAGCCCGGCCGGUGCCUGGACAAGGACGAGGUCCUCUGCGAGGACAGGCUGGACGACUUGAAGGGCCUGCACAAGCGCGAGGUCGGUCUGAACCUGGACGAGGGCGAGAGCCUCUCCGAGGAUAGGCUGGAGGACUUGAAGGGCAUGCGCAAGAGCAAGUUCGGCUUGGACCUGGACGAGGGCGAGUGCCUAUGCGAGGGCUGGCUUGAGGACCCGAAGGGCCCGUGCAUGCGGGAGUUCGGCCUGGGCGCGGGCGUCGGCCUCUGCGAGGACAGGCUGGACGACCUGAGGGGCCUGCGCAGGUGCAAGUUCGGUCUGGACCAGGACGUGGACGAGAGCCUCUGCGAGGACAGGCUGGAGGACUCGAAGGGCACGCGCAAGCGCAAAUUCGGGCAAGGUCUGGACGAGGAAGAGGGCCUCUGCGAGGGCACGCGGGAGGACCCGAAAGGCCCGCACAAACGCGACUUCGACUUGGACCUGGGCGAGGACGAGGGCCUCUGCUUCCUGUCUGCGGACGAGCUUCUGGCGGCGGGGGCCGCCUCCAGGCUCGGCCUCGCAGCGGCCUUAGACGACCCUGAGCUCGCCUGA